CGCUCAACCACCAUGAGUCACAACAAUGUUAGAGGACCGACUUCAGCUCUCACAGAAUUUCUUAGGGCCUCUGGAAUCACUCCUUCCACCGUAGCUCGUCGCGCCACACAGAACCAAUCAGUGCCAGGACCGAGCAACACUUCUGGAGAGCCUCCCAGUGUCGAUGAGACUUCAAUCACCCGCAGAACUUCUAAACGCGGUCGACGAGCUAGGUCUGGUAGGGCAGGAGGUUACGCAUCAGACGAAUUGGAUGAACUAGAGUCACCGCCCAAAAAAUCGAAAAUAGUAGAGAGUCAGGGAAAGGGUAAAGGUAAUAGCAUCAAACGCAAGAAAAAGGCCACAAAGAAGGGGGACGAUGACGAAUAUGAAGAUGAAGAUGAAGAUGCUUAUAACGCGUUGUCUAAAUCAAUGUGGGCUAAUCCUGGGCCUUAUUCAAAGCCUGCGAUCGGAAGUUUUGAACAAUGCGCCAAAUGCGAAAAACAGUUCACAGUGACAAGGUAUACUAUAGUUACCGCUGAUGGGACAGGGUCCUUGUGUCAUCCGUGCGCCAAGUCUUCUGGUACCGAUCCUUUCAAGAAAUCUGCUGUUAGGAAACGCAAACAACCGACGGAGAAGCGGAAGGUCGUAUAUUUUGAGGAGAAGCGAUUUCCUUCCCUCGUUUCCGUCUGCAUUGAUAUCAUCUCUGAAUAUAUCGAUGACAUUGAGGCAUUUGGGGACGUCGGAGCGAUGAACACAGAAGCUAUCUCAAAAGCUAUCGCAAAAAACCGUAGAUUGACUCCGGAUAAUGCGCAUCUAUUUUAUGGAGCACACCACACUUUACUGACGUUUUACGACGCCACUAAACUAUCAACCCCUUCGUUGAUAACUUUGGCGCAGCUCAAUCCCAAUUUGACUUCCCUCCGCCUUGACUUAUGUGGUCAAAUUUCAGACGACGUUAUGGACUCGUGGAAGACAACUCUUCCGAACGUUACAUCCCUUGAGCUCCUCGGACCAUACCUUGUUCGAGCUCCUGCUUGGAUAGCUUUCUUUGAGAACCAUAAGCCUCUUGAGAGCUUCUUAAUUACUCAAAGUCCAAGGUUCAACCUCGAGUGUAUGAAGGCUCUCGUUGCGAGUAGUGCGACCACAUUGCGAAGAUUAGGCCUGAGGGAAAUUGGGCACAUGUGCGACGAGUUUCUCGAACACAUAGGGUCGUGCAAAUCACUUCUCCAUCUCGACGUAUCCGAACCCACGAACUCCUGCACUGAUAUCGCUGUGAACACUCUUCUUUCAAACAUCGGUCCCACGCUUACCAAACUCAACUUGUCUAAUCACUCCCUUUUAACUGACGCGGUGCUCGAAUUUGGUGUUGCCGAAAGCACUCACCAACUCUCAGACCUGGUUUUACGUGCACUCCCACUCUUGACGGAUGAGGGCGUAUCCAAAUUUUUCUCCGGCUGGAGUAACCACCCAUUGUCCUACGUCAAUUUUUCUAGAAACCCAGAUCUUCUUUCCAGCUCUCUCUCCUCGCUUUUACAUCAUUCAAGAUCACAUUUGCAAGUAUUGGAUAUCAAUGGUUUAAAGGAUGUCGAGCUAUCGGCUCUCAAAAUGAUUGCAAACUGUCCAGAAUUAACCUCGAUCGACCUUGGCUGGUGCCGAGCGGUAGAUGACUUUGUCCUGAAGCAAAUAUUGGAAGGUUGCACAAAACUCACGGAAGUAAAGGUGUGGGGUUGCAACAAGGUGGAAGGGAAAUGGAUAUCUGCUGGUAUACGUACAUCUGCCCGGAUUGUGGGGAUUGAAGGUCAUACUACACAUUAA